CCGCGUUAUCAAAUGACCACAGCAGGUUGCGAAACCCGCCCUUUGAACGCUUCAGACAACCCAAAUAACCAUUCACAGUCACAGUGUCUCUUUCUAACGGACGUUCUUCCAAGUUCUUCGUCAGUGUUGCCAUAACUCUUUUGACGUUUCUUGAGUGGGCUCCACCUCCGGCGCGGGUUCGACCAAUCUUAGUCAUUGAAAACGCAAUCCAAGAACGCUUGUGUUUUCAUCGGCAGUGAUAUACCUCCUUCCCCCGACAUUCGGAAAAACCAAUCGCACAGUCGCGAAUCGCUGACCAAGUCUCUUUGUCGCUUAUGUUGCAUGAGGGCAAGACCCUCCCCCAUCCGCACACCUGUACGCAGAGCGCUAUGCAUCGCGGUUCGAUAUGAGCAUUUGCGUGGUCUGGGAUUGGAGCUGGAGACGACACAUUACGAUCCUUUGAAAAUUAGCAAAUUACUGACGGAGAUAUACGGAUGGAAAGACGAUGAUAUAACUAUUCUAAUGGAUGAUCCUCUUGGGGAGUAUUUAUUGCCUACUCGUGCCAAUAUUAUGCAAGCGAUGGAGGACCUGGUUAAAGACGCACAGUUCGGUGAUGAAUUCGUGUUCCAUUUCUCGGGACACGGAAGCCAAAUUCGCAACGAAGAUGGCACGGAGAAGGAUGGAUUUGAUGAAGUCAUCCUCCCUCUUGACGUAGAAGUCGACCCAAAGGAUGCAGAACUUCGUAACACCAAGAACUUUAUAAUCGAUGAUGAUAUCCGGGAUAUCCUCGUAGACUCCUUGCCGGCGGGGGCGCGGCUCAUCAUGAUAUUCGAUUCUUGCCACUCAGGGACGGCGGCAGAUCUUCCCGUGUCCAACGGUGAUUGGUACCCAAGAUCGCCAGUUGUUACUAGCCCCAUUGGAAGUCCCGUUGGCUUAACCGUGAAGAAUAAAAUUCUCACGAAGCGGGGAGCAGAGGAGCCUCAAAUUUUCUCCCCGAUAUCACCAUUCUGGUCGAAGGAAUUAGAGUUGAGCUCUGCCUCACAACCCUACGUGACAUCAUGGUCUGCCUGUAAAGAUGACCAGUUGACGUAUGAAUGGGAAGGCGGCCUAUUCGUUGAGGCCUUCACUCGAGUUCUCCGUAAAAAUCCACACCCAACCCACUCCGAUCUCCUUCGGGCUCUUGGCAAGGAGUUGGAUACCUAUAGCGCCUGGUUUUCGAGUGAUUCAGACUCCGACGCGUCGACUCCAAGGCCUCAGAUCGGGGCCCUUUGUCCUUUUGACCAGUACAGCAAUGAGGAAUUCUAUCUCUAAUCAGACAUCGCCAAGCACAUCAGCAUAUUUAAAUUACUAUUCUUCACAUUCGUUCACACUCAACAUUCGAUUGUCCUCUUUCGGAAAGUGCUAUUUAUUCGAGUCAAGUUUGCAUGAUGGGGAGUACUGCAGGUGUAUUCGAUCGCUGUCUGCUUUGUAUAGUGAUAUUCGUUGUAUUUGUUCCAGAGAAUGUAUCAACAUAUAUGCACGGAUGCGAGGGUAAUCGUAGAUACUAGUUUUUUUUUGACUAGCAGGGAUAUCGUUAUGUAUGCGUUGUUUGCGCGUUCUUGAGUUUAAAUCAUUUGAACUCCGGCUACUCCACCUGGUUGCUCAGC